AUGCGCGCUACACUUCAUUGUUUCCGAUCAGGUUCUCGCUGGUGCCAAAUAUGCCGUCAAAACAUGCCAAAUCGCUUCAUAUUCCUUCUGCUGGCUCUGACUUUUGUGGAAAUCAAUGGGGAGGCCAGUACCGACCUAGUAAGAAGCCCCAUUUUCGAAAACUCCCCCCAAUCGGACACUUUGCAGAAGCUCCAGAAGAAGGUGAACAUCUUCAAGGCGAAACACCGAGAACUUUUCGAUGCUUCCACUGAAAAACCGGACAGUCCGAGCAUCAAGAGGGCCAAGCAGAUCUUGUCCAAGUUCUUGAGCACCCUCCCUCGUUGGAGUCGGAGGAGGAGGAGGAAGCGAAGGGUGGACCUCAAGGACGACCAUCAAGGGAAGAAGAGGGUGAAACGCAAACCAGAAUGGAAGAAAUGGACCGAAUGGUCGGCGUGUAGCGUCACGUGCGGAAAAGGUCGCAUCAUACGUUGGAGGCACUGCAAGAAAAGCUGCGAGGACGUCGAGACGGAGAUGGAGGAGCGCAGUUGUCAGAUGCCCGAGUGCGCUCGCACCCUUUUUGGCCUCUUCAAAUUGUGAAUUAGUUAAUAUACGUUGCCGUAUUGCCAAGGAAUUCUUAAAAGUC